UAGUAACAUGGAUUAAGCUACAAAAUAGAUGAGUAUACAACUUUUAGUUUUUUCCCCAUUUUGGUGCCAUUGGGCCAGUGCGAAUCAGCGUUUCACAAAUGACGGGCUGAAAUAUUUUUGCGGAACAAAAUGGCGUCCGACGACGACGAUGUUCCAGAAACUGGUGCCAUCUUCACAUUUGGGAAGAGUAAGUUUGCAGAGAACAUUUCCAGUAAGUUCUGGAUAAGGAAUGACCGUAUCUGUGCAGUGGCUUGCGGGGACGAGCACACUGCAUUAGUCACAGAGAAUGGCCGUCUGUACACAUUCGGUAGUAACGACUGGGGCCAGCUCGGCCUAGGACAUACCAAGACUGCUUCCAAGCCCAGUUGUGUGAAGUCCCUUAAGCAUGAGAAAGCCAAGCUUGUGGCCUGUGGGAGAUCGCACACACUUAUAGUUACAGAGGAUGGUAAACUGUAUGCCUUUGGUAAUAAUGGUGAAACCCAGCUAGGAGUAACUGGUAUGCAGACCUCCCCUUCUCCUGUAUUGGUAGAGUCCAUGACAGCACAAAACAUCAUUGCAUUAUCAGCAGGGACAGACCAUUCUGCAGCUCUCACAGGUGAUGGUAAGGUGUAUGUGUGGGGAGGAGGGAGCGAAGGACAGCUAGGACUAGGGGAGGACACGACCGAGUGCACCGAACCAACGAUUCUAGACUUCGACUCCAAAGCCAUCAGCAUUUCCUGUGGUUAUUACCACACAGCAGUUGUUACAGAGGAUGGUAACCUGUACACAUUUGGAGAGACGGAGUAUGGAAAGUUGGGGCUGAACAAUUCGGACCUCGACAGCAGCGACACACCACAGAAAGUGACGGGAAUCAAGGAGAAGGUCAAGUUUGUGGUGUGUGGAGGGGGACAUACCACUGCCAUAGCAGAGUCUGGUGCAGUCUACACAUUUGGGAACGGAGCCAGUGGCCAGCUGGGUCACGGAAACUCUCUCCUGGAGUCGCCCACACCUCACAGGGUCGAGAGGUUUCGAGACGCUGACUGUAAACACGCAUCGUGUGGGGAGAACUUCACUGCAGUAAUCACAGGAAAAGGCCAUCUCUACACAUUUGGUGACGGCAGACACGGGAAGUUAGGGCUCGGAGACGAGAGUUUUACCAACCAGUUCAGACCGUUUAAAGUUGCCAGAUUCAACAAAUUUCAAGUACAAUGGGUUGCAUGUGGCGGUUGCCACAUGAUGGUAAUAGCCUCACCUAGGCAACAGAAUGGAGAGAUCAGCAGUGAGAGCUCUGACGAGGACCCGUUGAUGGAAAGUAUAUCUGGCCAGAAAUCACUCAACCUCAGUAAAAUCAGCUCGGAGAACAAAGAGGAAGGAGAGGAUUCUCAGUCACCGUUACUCACUUCACUCACGCCAAGGGCAAGAAGAAGACAAAUGGACGGUGGACCUUUACCCCCGUUGAACCGCACACUGCCCCCCAUUGGGUCGGAGGCAGGCAAGCUCCCGGCACUCAGUAAAACCCUCCCCCCUAUGGAUGGAGUGGAUGGGAAGGCCCUUAAGCCUCUUGAUAAACCACUUCUAGCUCCACUCGAUAAGCCGCUACUUGCUCCGCUCUCAGAAAAAGAAGAGUCAAAAUUUUCAGACAAGAAGAAGAAGGAUUCCGACUCAGGGGAGGAGUCAGAGAGUGAAGAGGAGAGCGAUGAGGAGAGUGGGGAAAAUUCAGACCUGAACAAGACACAUGUGCUGAAGGAAAACCCAGCCAAUAAGACAAAACAGCUGUCUUUAGUCAGACCAGCAGACUUGCCCAAGGCACGUAAGGAUGGCUCGGAGAGUGAUUCAGAAACAGAUUCAGAUGAAUCUGACGAUGACUCAGAUGAUAAUGACCAGAGACAUGCCCCACCAAAGAAAAAGGGAGACAAGAAAGCUUCAUCUGAAGAAAAGAAGGCAGAGAAGGAAGAUGAUGCAGAAAGUGGAUCUGGAGAAGAUUCUGAAGAAACAGAGGAUGAUUCUAAAAAUAAGGAGUCGUCGGCCAAGAAAGAUAUAGAGGAGGAAAGUGACAAAGACACCUCUGAAAGUGACAAGGAUAAGGAUGAUAAAAAAGAAUCUUCUAAGAAAGACAAAGAUGAGACAGACGGACCACCUCCUGAAAAACCUGGUUUCUUUGCAUCACUUUUUGGAAGGAAAAAUAAAAAGCCAGACAAGCCCAAAGAGGAAGCCAAGAAACAAGAGAAGGAAGAAACGAGUGAGGAAGACAAAAAAGAAGACACAGAAGAAAAAGAAGAUGAUAAGAAAGACAAAAAGAAUGAUAAGAAAGACAAAAAGAAAGAUGAUAAGAAAGGUAAAGACAAAGACUCAAAAAAAUCAGAUGAAGAAGAAGAAGAGAGUUCAGAAGACAACAGUAAGUCUGAGAAUGGUUCUGGGGACAAAGAUAAGUCAGAGAAUGAAGAGUCUAAAAACAAGGAUGAAAGUGAGGCAGGGAAAGACAAGCCAAAAGAGGAGGCCAAGCCACAAACUAAGUCUUCCAAGGCCUGCACCAUAUUAUAACACAGGAGUGGCAACUUGGGAAUGCAGCAGCUUCUCAAGUCAUCCAACAAUCUUCUCACUGCAGCAGUCACCAUCAUGCCACAUCGCAUCAUUCCACUCUCAAAAUUCCUAUGAAAUAAAAUUCCUUAUAAUAGGACACCAUGCCUUUAUAUUUGAAACACUUUGGAACCUAACUUGUGCAAUAGAGCAGAUAUAUUUUUCAAUAGGUUUUAGAACAGAAAAAAACAAACAUUCCACGUGUUUAUUCACUACACAGCGUGUUGAUAGAAUUGUAUGCAGGCAAUGCCAUACACAGUGUAGUUAGACAAAAAGACUCUGUACUUCCAGUCAGUGCCUGUGCAUUGUGGUAAUUUUGGAGGUACAAUGAAUUUAAUGUAUCACACACUUGCAUCUUGCACCAGGAAACCAGUCGCACCAUGCCAUGUUACACAUCUUCAACCUACUGGUAGUGCAUCAGCGAUAUUGUAUGAUUGGCAUGCACUUUCCUACCAGAUCCUAGAAUUGUCUUUUUUCUAGAUAACAGUUAGAAUUAGAACACUGCAGAUGUAUUGUCUUUUAGCAUUGAGGUUUCCUUUCUGUGCGUAUGAAGAUGGGGAGGCACAUGUUUGUACCGGCUUGAGUAUAAAAAACAACAACAGUGGAAUAGAUGCUUCUUUUGUUUUAUUUAAAGAGAGUCUAAAAUCAGACUGAUGAGAUCAAAUGCAGUAACAUCUUGCCUCUCACUACCAUAACAGCACAAGCAGUGUCAAAGAGGAUUGAAGCUAUUACAAUUAUUUGCUCUCAAUAAUAUUUUUUGAACCAGUCCACUGGCUGAUCCAGAAGGCAUUCAUCAAUUUAGCCAUAUACAUGUACCUUACCUCAUUCUAUGUUUCUGGUCCCUUUUCUUUUAAAAGUUAUUGGGUGAUUAAAAUCCCUAGACAAUCAGAUAGACAUAAAAACCUCCUUUUAAAACAAAAUACAGAAAAUCGAACAAAAAAAUGGAAACCCCCUAGUGUAUUUUAGUAAAUGUUUACAGUAGAAAGGGGGCUAGGUUGUUCCUGGUUGUGCAUUGAGUAUCUGCAUAUUUCUAAUUGGUUGGGCCACUUGCUCAUUACAUUUUGCCUCCAUUAGAACGGUUUCUGUUUUCAACAUUCUGCUGCAAAAAGAUAUACAUAACUGUAAAUAUGAUAUUUUGUAAAUAGUGGUCAUUGCUUAAUGUUCUUAAUUUUGUAAACUUUAAGGUGAUGAUUGAAAUGAUUGUGUUGAGUAGUGAUGUGCAUUGAUCUGUGAUGAUUAAAUUGUUUCUUU